AUCAUUUUAUCCAUAGCGAAUAGAAAGUAGAAACUUUAGAUAUUCUUAUUUCUUACUUUUAAAAUCUUUUACUUAAUUUUAAAGUUUCUUAUACCUUAUUUACAUUCAUGAUUCAACCCCUGCGGCUGCCCCUCGCACUGCCGGGGAUAAUUCCCUAAAGCAGCAGCAGGAUCGAUAGGAGUGUGUGUUUACAUACUGCCCUACCACUCACUUCGCUUUGAAGUUUCGGCAAUGGCAGACGUCGAAAUAAUAACAGCGGCCGCGCUGUCUCUUUUUGCGAUACAUAAUUAUGUUCGAUGUUUAAAAAGAUAUCGAAUACAAAAAAAGAAUGUUCGUCGUAGACGAUGGUGGAUGAAAUCUAUCCAUCAAAAUAGAACUUUAGACGUAAUGAAUAACUUUUUCAAUGAAAUGAAUAGUGAAGAAUCUGGGGAAUUUACUAACUUUUGCAGAAUGUCUCGUACCGAUUUUGAAUUUCUGUUGAACAAAAUUGAACCCAUGAUAAAGAAACAGACAAGACUAAGAAUACCUAUUCCACCAAAAAUACGUCUAGCAAUAACCCUUCGAUAUCUAGCGACUGGAGAUAGUUACCGAAGUCUACACUACGUAUUCAAAGUUUCUACACCGGCUAUUUCACUGAUUGUCCCAGAAGUAUGCAAAGCUCUUAAUACAGUUUUAAGAAACGAAAUAAAGUUACCACAGACACCAGAAGAAUGGUUAUCUAUUGAAGAGGGAUUUAGAAAAAAAUUCCCGCGAUGUGUUGGAGCUCUUGACGGGAAACGCAUCGUAGUUAAAUGUCCAUCACAUAGCGGUUCGAAGUAUUAUAACUACAAAAAUACAUAUAGCAUUGUGCUAAUAGCAUUAAUAGAUAGUAACUAUAAUUUCGUUUUUGCCGAUAUCGGACAGGACGUAAGUGAUGGAGGAAUUUUUCAACAUAGCUUGCUUUGGCAAAAAAUUGACAAUAGCACUCUUAACUUGCCACCAGAUAAUCCACUACCAGGAAGAGAAACAAAUGUUCCUUAUGUGUUUGUCUGUGACGGAGCUUUCGCUUUACACAAAAAUGUAAUGAAACCCUUUCCUGGUAAUCAUGACAUUGGUACUGUAGAGCGCACAUUUAAUUACAAACUUUCUAGUACUCGUGUAAUCGUUGAAAAUGUGUUUGGUGUGUUGUCAUCUGUAUUUAGAAUUUUUAAGAAACCAAUAGAACUUAAUAUAGAAAAGGUACCACAAAUUGUUAUGACAUGUAUUUUAUUACAUAAUUUUCUAAGAAAAAGCAAAUCAUCUCAGAGCAUUUACACACCUCCAGGAACUUUCGAUUCCAUUAGAGACGGGCAAUAUGUUAAAGGCACUUGGAGACAAAACGUCACUUCAUCAUCAGCUAUAAGGCCAAUACCACUUUUUAGUAGACGUGCUCCAAGUAACAUUACAGAAAUUCGAUCAGAAUUUGCAAAUUAUUUUGAUACCAUCCGUUAAAAAUACUAUUAGUAAGUACCUACAUGCAUUAUAUAAUUACACCUGGACAGAAAGUCCAGGUGUAAUUAUAUAGUGGUUUCAAAGCCUUUCCUAAAUAAUACAAUAAUAAUAAAUACCAAAUAGAAAAUACAUGUUUUAUUCAGUAAAAUUGUACGCGCGCCAGGCAGGACUAUCUGUCAUUUUUCGUAUACGAAAUAACUUAUAAAUAAUAUACAUAAAUCUCCUGCCACGAUGUUUGUAUGCGAUGGACUCCCUAUACUACCGAACCGAUAACAAUCAAAUUUGCACUCCGUGAGCAGUCUGGUCCAACUUAAGAGAAAGGAUAGCUUAGAUCUUUAAUUAUAGUCGUAUAUGUAUUUAAAAAAAUCUUAGUUACAGCAACGCUUGGCCGAGUCUGCUAGUAAAGAAAAAUAGUAAUUACGCACGGUCGAAAACGUCACAUAAUCAACCUGGCGCAAUCCUAAAUCUAAUUCCCAGAUUGAGGGUCUGAAAAAGGACACAUACGACAUAACUACUACAAUUUAAAUAGCUAGUAAUAAAAAUCAAUAGUCUAAAAUCUGCUUACCUGUUCA